UGACGCCAAAAGCCAAACAAACUCCAGAAGAAGAUAUCUUAGUGGUGGCAUAAACACAACAACAACACAAGGAAACACCAUUAUCAUCCCCGAAGCUGGGAACAACACUCCUCAAAAUCAAAUCUCUGCCAUAUUAUAUAUCAGAUGUUGCACUCUCAGUGCCACCACCACCUUCUCUUCCCACUCACACUCGCACACCACAAAGUUAAACCCCCUCUCUCCAUUCUUCCUCCUCUUCACCACAAACCCACCAUUCUCCACUCUGUUUCGGCUUCAGCCAUUCCUCCAUGGGCCGCGCAACUCGCCGAUGCAGCAGCAGACAUUGACACAGAGGGCCCUGUUGAACUUCCAUUCUCUUCCACUCCUUCCAUUUUCGCCACCUCCGACGACCCUUCGCCCAUCCAAGUCGCUUCCAGUGUUCUCCUCACCGGCGCCGUCUCCGUCUUCCUCUUCCGCUCCCUCCGCCGCAGGGCUCAACGUGUCAAACAAUCCCAAUUCAGGUCUUCAGGAGAGAAGUCGAUAAAGGAAGAAGCAUUGGAUAGCUUGAAAGCUAUGGGGUCGGCUUCAGUGAAGGCUAAGGAGGAUUCAGCUUCACCUGUUCAGGCAUUGCUUGGGGGAAUAUCUGCUGGAGUUAUUGCUCUUAUUCUCUACAAGUUUGCCACUACCAUUGAGGCAGCUCUAAACCGACAGACAAUUUCAGAUAACUUCUCUGUCCGCCAGAUAACCAUCACCAUUAGGACAAUAGUGAAUGGCUUGACCUACCUUGCAACAUUUGUUUUUGGCCUGAAUUCCCUUGGUUUAUUCCUUUAUUCUGGCCAGCUUGCCCUCAAAUCCAUCAUGGGAGAUUCAACUGAAAAGGAAACUGAAAGUAAAAGCACUGAUCAGCCAAAUUUAUCAAAUUCAUCCAAUGAGAGUUCCACAGAUAAGACUGAAUUGAGCAGCAGGAAGGAAGAACAAAGUUCAAAUGAUGCACAAUAGUUACUAGGUGUAAAUAUAAUGAAGUUCAAAUCAAGGAAGAAGCUGAGGAUUUGCGGUUACUCAAUCCAUUCAAUGAAACAUCAAUUAAGUUUACAAAUUCCACUUGCUGCAUUUACAUUUCUGUGGCCUUCACCAAAAACUUGUGUUUUAUUAGCAUCACUUAUUUGAGAUGAAGAACAAGGUGCAUACCCCUAGGCCCUGGUCUAUCCUUUGCCACUACUGGUAUUUUUGCCAAUAAGUGUGUGCCCGGGAAAUAUAAUGGCGAACUGUGCAUUGUAGUGAU